AUGGCGUCCGAGAGUAAUCAGGUGCAAAGGAAAAAGGGAACUGUUAAAUGGUUCAGUGACCAGAAAGGAUUUGGUUUUGUUACUCCAGAUGAUGGCGGAGCGGAGCUAUUCGUUCACCAGUCAGGGAUCAGAUCUGAAGGGUUCCGCAGCUUGGCAGACGGUGAAGCUGUGGAAUUUGAAGUUGAAUCUGGUAACGAUGGUCGUUCUAAGGCUGUCGAUGUUACCGGCCCAGAUGGUGCUCCUGUUAAAGGAGGAUCUCGUGACGGUGGUGGCGAUCGCUAUGGUGGCGGUGCUGGUACUGGUGGUGGAUAUGGAGGAGGAGGCGGGAGGUAUGGUGGAGGUGAUGGUGGUUACGGCGGUGGUGGUAGGUAUGGAGGUGAUGGGGGUUAUGGUGGCGGGAGGUAUGGUGGAGGUGGUGGAGGAGGAGGAGGAGCGGGAUGCUAUAAAUGCGGGGAAGAAGGGCAUUUCGCUAGAGAAUGUACCCAGGGAGGCGGCUAUGGCGGAGGCGGUGCUGGAAGAUAUGGUGGUAGCGGCGGUGGAGGUGGAGGCGGCGGAGGCUGCUUCAAAUGUGGGGAAGAAGGGCAUUUUGCUCGUGAAUGCACCAACAGCAGCAACCGCUGA